AUGGCCUACUCAUUGAACUUGCAUGCACUAGAUCAUCAGACGGGCUCUUGGGAGCUAGGAGAGCAUACCAGUCCCUCUACAGUGAAUCCAUCGAGGAAGACGUUGCUUGCCGAGUUGAAGGCAUCCAACGCCAGAUAUGAAGGAUCACGAAAGAAUAAUAAGGCAAUUGAAUCGGAUGCUGAAAAAAUUAAUAAAGCCAUUAGAAAUGGUGAUAAGACGACGCUAAUCAAAGAUGAAGAGAUUGUAAGGAUUCUAACAACAAGAAGCAAGCCUCAUCUCGAGGAGGUCUUCAAAUGUUACUAUGAUGAUUUUGACAAGGACAUUGCAGAGGAUCUCGGUGAGGAAUCAGGUUUGAAGGACACAAUUUAUUGCUUGUGUGCUCCUCCAGUGUAUUUCAGUAAGAUUUUACAUUCGGCAAUGAAAGCUAAUGCAACCAAGAAUGAACAAGAAGCCCUAACUCGAGUUAUUGUAACCCGAACUAAUGUUGAUAUGAAGGACAUUGCUGAGGAAUAUAAUAGGCAAUAUGGAACUCCUCUGGCCAAGAAGAUUGAAGAUGUAGCUCUUGGAAAUUAUAAAGAUUUCUUAGUCACAUUGGUCCAAAGAGCUCUAGCUAAAUGA